AUGUCAUCAUCCAUGACAGAAAUGAGAAAUGCCGUAUUGAGGGCGACAGAUCCUAAAUUAAGAACUGAUAACUGGCAGUAUAUUCUAGAUGUUUGUGAUUUGGUUAAAGAGGAUCCUGAAGAUAAUGGGCAGGAGGUCAUGGAUCUUAUAGAGAAGAGGCUGGAACAACAGGAUGCCAACGUAAUUUUAAGGACGCUCUCUUUGAUCGUUUCACUCGCAGAAAAUUGUGGUUCCCGCUUGAGACAGGAUAUUAGUUCAAAACAUUUUACUUCAUUGAUAUUUGCGCUCAUCGAAAGCCAUUCGGUGCAUAUUACCCUAAAGAAAGCAGUAGCUGAUAUGGUCAAGCAGCUGUCUGACUCUUUCAAAGAUGAUCCGUCAUUGCGUGCUAUGGACGAUUUGUAUGACAAAAUUAAGAGAAAGGCACCUUACUUGGUAAAACAACCCAAUGUGCCAGAAAAGCGUAACAUGGGCACCUCAACUGACAGUUCAGACGACGAGGAAUUACAAAAAGCGAUGAAAAUGUCUUUGUUCGAAUACGAAAAGCAGAAAAAACUACAAGAACAAGAAAAAGAAAGAGUUUGCGAGCCUCCGCAGCAACAGCAGCAGCAACAGCAGCAACAACAGCAUAAUCAGCAUAACCAGACUUCUGCAGCAUUAGGGCAGACUGUUGUGAGAAGAGUUCGAGCCAUGUAUGACUUGUCCACUAACGAACCUGAUGAAUUAUCAUUUCGAAAGGGUGACGUCAUCACAGUACUGGAACAAGUAUAUAGAGAUUGGUGGAAGGGAGCUCUUCGAGGAAGGAUGGGUAUAUUCCCUUUAAACUAUGUAACGCCAAUUGCUGAGCCAUCGAAAGAGGAAACAGAAAAUGAGAGAAAUAGAGAGGCAAUGAUAUUUUCCCAAAAAAGUACUGUAGAUCAACUACAUAAUUCUCUAAACACUGCAUCUAAAACGGGAAGCUCAAAUGAAGUACUACAGGAUCCUCAUAUUGGCGAUAUGUACGGUUCAAUAACGCCUUUAAGACCGCAAGUUACAAGAAUGUUGGGUAAGUAUGCGAAGGAGAAAGAGGACAUGCUCUCCUUACGUCAAGUACUCGCAAACGCGGAACACACAUAUAAUGAGCUAAUGGACCGCGCAGCAAACGUUUAUAUCCCACCCCCAGCAGCAGCGGUUGCAGCUCCUUACUCCGGAAUGCCCAACACUAAUGUCGCUCCGGCAAUGCCACCUCAGAGGAAAAGUUAUCCAAACCCUGAUUAUGCAUCGUACUCCUCGAAUCAACAUACACAUAAUUCUGUGAAUAGUAAGCCCGACGUUCCGCAGUAUGGUUAUGACAAUGGAUACUCAAUUACUAGUCAACCACCACCCGGUUAUGAGCAAUAG